AUGAUGGAAUUUCCACGAGUGCGUAGAGAUAUAAUGUCACUCAAUUUCAGUUCUGAAAUUCGAUCUCAAUUAACCCGAGAUAAUAACCGAUAACCGAUAACGAACAAAGCCAUGAUAAAGGCUUUACUUGGUCAUGGUCUGAUAACGAAUUUUUCUGUACACCGCGACCGAUAGUCGACGAAUAGUCCGUCCGUGACAGUGACUAAGUAACGAACCGUGGAGAACAAUGUCGGCUACGUUACAUUUACUGGUGCUUCUGACGAUUUCGUCUUUUGUCCGCGGAUGGUCAACCGAUCUCCCUAUUCCUUCUGGCUUGAAGUCGACGACUUUCGAUUUAACUGGUCGCAUAGUUAACGGUACAAAGGCUGUUUUAAAGCAAUUUCCUCAUCAGGUAUCCUUAUCGCGCAGCUACAAUGAAAAACAUUUUUGCGGCGGGAGUCUCAUUAGCUCUUCUCUAGUCCUUACCGCGGGUCACUGCAUGUAUCUCAAUGGACGCGCAAUACAACCAUGGACGAUUGCUGUCACUGGAGGCAUAGUUCACCUGGUUAACGAAACUCCGUCGCGACAGCAAAGACGCGUACUGGAAAUUAAGAUUCAUCCAGAGUUUAAUCUCAUGACAUUGCAAAAUGAUAUUGCCAUUUUAAAAUUGUCGGAACCCUUUGAGCUUACUCCGGAACUCCACAGUGUACCCUUGCCAGGGAACGCUCUCGUACCCAAUACUGUCUGUCAGGUAGCUGGUUGGGGUUACCAUUCGUCCAGAAUCCCAAUAGUGUUUCCCGACUUAAUGUACGUAGAUCUGCCGAUUCGUACUGUAGAAGAAUGUCGUAAAUUGCUCGUAAAUGAAACAGAUGUACCACCGGGAAUGUUUUGCGCCGGUUAUUUAGAGGGUGGAAGGGACGCUUGCCAAGGUGAUUCUGGCGGAGGGAUGGUCUGCGAUGGUAUUUUGACCGGUACCGUUUCGGGUGGCAGUGGGUGUGCUGAGCCAUUGUUGCCUGGGGUGUACGCGGAUGUUUUUCACUACUUAGAUUGGAUACUAAAUCAAACAGAUUCAGUGAUAAUAGUAAAAAAAGUUUUUACUGAUUUUACUAUAAAUUCCAGUAUGAUUAACAUGUCGACAAUUACGAUGGUGCUAAUUUCUUUCCUUUUUUGCGCUGUUAUCAAUUACAUCUAGACCUUGAAAGCAAGAUCUUUUGUUGAUACAUUGAUAUGUAUGUUUGAAGAUAUUAUUGAAGGAAAAACAGUUUUUACGGAAACGGUGCAAUAUAGAGUUUACGAGCGUGUUUGUAAUGUUGUGCGGUCAUAUACGACUUAAUGAGUGAAAUAUCUUGCGAAAUAAAUAAAGUUUAAAAUUUA